AUGGCAGAGCCUCUCACAGGUGGCAAAGGAAGUAGCCUCGCAGUCCUGACGGAUAUCUCCAAAACGAAGAAAUCCUUCAUCGUCCCUCGAGGAGUCUGUGUCACCACCAGAGCGUACAGAGCUUUCGUAGGGUCUCAGGAAUGCCGUCGGAAAAUCGAACAUUUGGUCAGAUUCUGCGGAACACAGCCCUCCAAUGAAGAUCUGCAACGUGUCUGUGAUGAAACGCGGAAAGCUGUGGCAGCAGGAACGCUGCCAAACGAGGUUCUAGCGGAAAUCCGCGCAGAACUUGGAAAGACGUUCGGGGAGCACCUCCCAACCACGAAAUUCGCUGUUCGAUCCUCUGCUUGCGGAGAAGACUCCGAAAACAUGUCCGCCGCAGGUCAAAUGGAAACGUUUCUGGGGAUCGUGGGCCUCGAAGCGAUUGCGUCGGCCGUAGCCAAGUGUUGGGCUAGUCAAUUUGGCUUCGUGGCCGUCCAGUACAAGAGACGUUACGGACAGCCAAUCGACGCUGACAUGUGUGUCGUCAUUCAGCAAAUGGUUCCCUCAGAUGUUUCGGGCGUCAUGUUCACCGUUGAUCCAAUCACAGCAAAUCCUUUGCUGCUCUCGAUUACCGCGAAUUUCGGGUUGGGUGAGAGCGUCGUGUCGGCUUCGGCAGACCCCGAUACGUUUACGGUCCGAAGAGAAUCGAGCGGAAGCCUGGCGAUUGAGAGUAUUCAGCUCGGACAGAAAAAUCUCUCCACGGUGAUGAAAGGAUCCGGAGGGACCGAGGACGUCAUUGGACAGGACCGCUCGCGGGAACAAUCUCUCACAGAAGAUCAGGUUUUGCAGUUGGCUAAGAUCGGCAUCCUCCUCGAAGAGGAGUACGCAAGUCCUCGCGACGCUGAAUGGGCUUUCUAUCAGGGCGAGCUGUAUAUGCUCCAGGCCAGACCGGUGACCUCGGUCGACAAUAUCGACCCUAAAUUCGAAGCGUUCCACGAAGCUGACUGUGGUCUCGUCGGGGAGUUCGACUCUGUGACCAAGGCAAACGUCGGUGAGGUUUUCGGCGGGAGUAUAUCGACUCUGACUCAGACCCUCUUCCUGACGCUAUUCAUCCAGGAACGGAUCAAAGCCAAGAAGAACGGAAUUGAUUAUGGAGAGCAUGCUUUCUCGAGACAGUCGCUCUUCAUGUUUCACCACAGUCAGGCAUUCUUUCAAACAUUCUCGGAUAUGGGUGACCUUUCGGCGGCGGACGUUUCUUCCAAAGGAUUCUCCAUCGCGAUGUGUGGUAGGUCGAUGGACGACGAAAUCGUCGUGAGGAGCAGCGCCAACAAGAAGAAAUAUCUCUGUACCGACAGACCGACUCCUGGACUAGCUCUCCUCAUCCCCGUGUUCUGGCGAACCUCGAAAAGCGUGGAUUUGAUGGAGAAGAAGAUAGCGAGGUAUACGCCGAAGGCCUUGAACAAAACAGAUCUGAGAGAAAUCUAUAUCGCAGCAUUGAGCGAUCCUCACCUAAGCUCGGAGGCCGGAGACACUCACGUUCAGGCUAUUUGUUAUGGAUCCCUGAGCAACGUCGCCCUUAUGUCUCUCCUGGCGAAAGCGGAGGGCGAUUGGACUUUGAAUGUCUUUGCCGACUUCGCCGCUCUGGUUUCUUCCUGCAACAACAUUAUCAGCGCUGGAGUUCCUCAGUCUUUGCAGAGAAUCGCACUCCAUCUCCAUCGGGAAUAUGGGUCGAAAUUCAAUGAGAUGGAUCCCAGUGAUGCGCUCAAGGUGCUUGAGGAAGGAGAUACAGAGAGCGCGAGGCUCUUCCGGGACUUCCUCGUUGAACACGGACACAGAUGCCUGCAUGAGUUCGAUUUGGUCACGAAAACUUGGGGCAUGGAACCGCUUCCCCUGGUGAAAACCUUGCAGUCCAUGGUGGCAACGAAUUCAGGUCGUGCAGAACACGGAGAAGAUCUAACAGUCGACGAAAUCGUUGCAAGGAUGACCAUAAAACUCCCCUGGCUCAAAAGGCAGGCUUUGAAAUUCAUUCUGCAUCGGGUCAGAAACGGUAUAGCCUACCGAGAACGAGCCAAGUCAUGUCUGGUCAAGAGCAAUCAUCAAUUCCGAAUAUCGUUCCGCCAUCUAGCGAAAAGGAUGGUGGAAGAAGGGCGUCUCCCCGAAGAGGACCUGCUAUUUUUCCUCAGUCCCCCUGAAAUACUCGACUUGAUCGACACCAGGAACCCGAAAUUAAUCGUGCGAGCCAUGCAUCGUAUGGAAAACGCGAAGGUGGCCGCUAAGGACGUCUAUCCCGAGAUCGUAGCUUGCCCGCCUUUCGUUCCCACUAAUUCACCUCGAAUCGUCACAACUCCGCCGACGGGGGCACGUUCAAUGAAAGGCACACCUGUUUCGAAAGGAUUGGUCAUCGCGCCCGCUCGCGUCAUCACUCGUCUCGAAGAUGCUCACUUAAUUCAGAAGGGGGACGUGUUGAUCACUUACGCCACGGAUAUCGGCUGGAGUCCCUAUUUCCCGCUGAUAAGCGGGAUCGUCACAGAGCUCGGAGGCCUCAUCUCUCACGGAGCCGUCGUCGCCCGCGAAUUCGGAAUACCUUGCAUCGUUGGCUGUCAUGGAGCGACCAAGCUUUUCCUAUCCGGCGAAGAAGUCAUCCUCAACGGUAACCAGGGUCUGAUCGCUACAACGUCGUCCGAUUGAUCAACACUACGGAACGUCUGCAGGACUGACAGGAUACCGACAGCGGCAUACCGG